AUGUUCUCGAAACGCUCGCUGUCAGCACUGAGCUCAACGGAGCGUCAGCUCCUCCGAAAUCAAUGGCUCCGCAGUGGGCAAUGUGCGCGGUGUUUUCACGCGUCCGUGAGAAGGGGAGAGGUUGAGUCUAGCAGCAAGAGUAAUGCUACUGGACCUUCGAAGAAUGCAUCCAAACGAGGCGAAACCCGCCAACAGCGCUCCGCUCGAAUCUCCAGCGAAAUCGCCAUGCUUCAGAAAGGACCUCCUCCUUCCACCUCGAGUGCCAGCACCGGCGAGUCGACAGGGCCUGGUAGUGCGACUGGUGCUUUCCAUGCGCCGCCAGCGGCUCCUGGUAGUGAUGCUGGAUUUCUCGAGACACCCGGUGAGAUGGGAGGUCCGGAGCAGCGAAUGGGCGAGAACAUAUCUGCGGGAAGAGAAGGGCCGAACGCACAAGGGGCCGGGAGAGCUCUACGGACGGAGCAAGAUAUGAUGGGAGGGCUCGAUGCGAACCCCGGACAUCAUCGGGAAUGGGUGAGGAGGUCUGGCAGAUCUUCAGAAGAGGAGGAGUUCGAGGAUGACGACCUCAGAAACAACGCACUCCAGCCAAAACCCACCCCCAUCAAACCCACCAUGCACAAGCACCACGACCUCCUCCACGCCGGCGCCGGCGCCUCCACCAUCGCCGGCUCCAACUUCGAAGGCGUCAUCCACGACCGCAUAAAAGCCACGUCCUUCCCUCACCACCCCUCCGCGGAGCCCCAUCGAUGGCACACAAAGGGCAACGGCAUGAAGAAAGACUUCAAAGAGCAUAUCGUGAAUAAGCUGGUCAGAGGACAGUAUGAUCGCCGGGAUCUGCUGGGUGGGGAGAAGUUCGCGAAGCAGCCUGUGCUGAACGAUGUUGCCAGGAUGGUGCUGUUGAAUGGGUCGUAUUUGGCGGGUGAUGGGAGGAAGUUGUUGGGGAAGGUGAGGAGUUUGCUUCCGAAGCCGGUGGCUGCGGCGCCUAAGACGCAGGGGCAGAAGGGGAAGAGGGCGCAGCUGGUUAAGAAGUGA